UCAUUUUCGCCAUUUUGGCGCUGAUGGUAGCGAUUUGCAGCGGUGGUGCGAAUUUGAACUAAUAAUGUGUGUAGACGGAAUGAACUACCAGUAACAUCGACAGGCACUUUUAAAUCUGAACUAAGCAACAGCUCUCAUUUUCAAGCAAUUGCUUAUCCAUUUAUAGAGAUCAAUUAGUGAAACUGACUGAAGAUUUAACUUUGGUUUAACUUGAUAGAGAGCGCCAGUUGAGCGCGCUAUAGCGCUUUUCCUCUAGUUUUCAUUUUCCAGCAAACUGUCAAUAUGUCGGUCAGCUCCCAAAAGCAUUUAAGUAAUAACGAAAGUAAUAAAAGGAAUGAUAAAACACUCAAACCAUUGUUUCCUAAGCAAGCAGAAUGUUCAUAUGUAUCUUGUUAUUGUGAAGAAAAUGUGUGGAAACUGUGUCAAGAUGUAUCAAUAAGGAUACCGGGGGAGUUGGACAGGUGUUAUGUGGUUUUUAUUUCAAACCCUUGUCGUACGGUGCCUUUGUGGAAACAAAGGGCAGGGCGUGAAGAGGAUCGCCUCGUAAUAUGGGAUUAUCAUGUUAUAUUUUUGUACUCAUGGGACUCUAAAACUUGCCUUGUCUAUGAUCUGGAUUCGGAGCUACCAUUCCCAACAUUCUUUCAUAAAUAUGUCACGGAAACUUUCCGCACUGACCAAGUUCUGAAGUCAGACUUUCACAGAUUCUUUCGUGUGGUUCCUGCAAAGCAAUUUUUACAACACUUUGCUUCUGAUCGUCGGCACAUGAAACGGCCUGAUGGCUCUUGGAUUAAGCCACCACCACCAUAUCCUGCAAUAUGUACAAGUGUCUCGACCCACAACUUGGAUGAAUAUAUCAACAUGGACUUGGGUACUGGUCCCGGCCAAGUAUUCAAUCUGACAGAUUUUGUACACCGAUUUUACAAAGUUGAAAAGUAGUUGGUGAGAAUUCUAUAAUGUUAGAUAGCAAAUUUGUUUCAGCAACUGCUGGGUUUUUUGUUGAUUAUGUUUUAAUAAUCUUUGUUAUUUAUUUAAUAUUUAUGGAAUCCAAUUUUUUAUAAUUAUAAUUUUUUUUUAAUUGCAUGUAUUUGUUUACUGUUAAAAUUC